ACAUUAUUAUAAAUUUCUACACCGGUUCGAGAUUACAAGUUCGUUCGUUUAAUUAACCAAUAAGAAAAGAAGUUACGUUUACCAAUCGUCAAUCUCGAUACAAGAGAAAGUGACACUUGAAGGCCAUUGAAACUUCGUAUUAAAUGACCUGCUGUAAACUUUAAGUUAUAAAUGCAUAAAACUUAUAAGCAAUUAAGAAAGCAUUUUAUCUCUUCUAAUAAACCAUUGACAUCCUACAAUGAUUCUAGGCUAUCCUUAUACAAGCAAAUCCAAAAUGUAUCGUGGGUUUAGGAAUGAUAUUUUAUGUGGCUCUCUAUGGUUCUUAUGACACGGUCGAGUCUUUGGACCGUCAAACGAGAGAGCGGUUUGCUUAAGAGAGUAUGCUUCGGUGUUUUUGUUACGUAUAGCGGAACACCCGUUAACAGUACCGAACAGUAGAGCAAUUUGUUUAAAUGAGUACCGGGUCGACAGCUUUCGUAGAGAAACGGUCAGCACAGGCGUGCACUAUUCUAAGAGAGAUUUAUCUUUAAUCUUACGGUAUGUUGCCACCGAGGCAUGCGGUGACAGGAGGGAUCUCUAUGCUACAGUAUCAAGAUCGAGGAGAUGAUUGGAAAGAAAGAUGCAAGUAAAAUCAUAUACGAGCCAAAAAAUUUAAGAUGUCAAAUUUCAACAACUGGUGCCACCGAUUGCCUCUUUCAAGUAAUAGAAUGGGUGAUUGGUUGAAUCUGUCGUAGGCAUUCGUUGUCGUCUUAAUUUUGCUGCCUGCAUGCAUCUACCAUAAUUGUAUCAAAAAAAAUUACAGACUUUUUAAAAUAAACUUGUUUAGGUUGUUUAUUGCUUGAAUAGUAAUGCACACGUAUUUCACUUUCGUAUUUUUGAAUUAUUAUAAAAUUUGAUAGAAAAUAAUUUUAUUCUUACAAUAUUGUAUUGGGUUUAUACUGUUUGCUCCUAAGAUAUGAAGAGAUGGAGAGAGACAUUUGCAUACCAUAAACAACCUCCCAGAUGAUCUUGUUACUUUGCAUAAGGGACCGAUCCCAAGGGUGCUCUCUUAAGUGGACUUGACUGUACGUAGUAACUGCAAAAAGUCAAUUUUACUUGAUGAUGGCUGGCCAGACGAGACAGUUAAGGUGUAGACCUACUACUCAAAUCUGGAAGAGCAACUCUUCGAGAUAUGUUGGGGCCUAUCCCUUGCAAUCUGGCUGCCCCUAUUGUGGAUCUGGCAGCAGGUGUGGAAAAAAGGCUCCGUUGGUGCUUGCAGAACAAAAAAGAGGCAAAAAAAGAAAACAGCUUGUGACGUAUCGGUAAAAUUAAAAUAGCAAAAGAAGAAAACUGGAGCAAGAGACGUGAGUUGUACAAGACAAUGUGGGCAAGGGUAGAGUCGGAAAUAGAGAGCAUUCAAGAAACUGCUCAUAAGAGUAUUAUUAAAGACAUUGUGAAAUUUGUCGAAAGAGGGACGACUUUGAGAAAACUUUUGGAGAUUCCGACCUGUGCCAUAGUUUUAGGUGUCAACACCCCUGAUCACUUCCAAUUUUUUAAUCUGCUGUCGAGGAAACUGGAAUCGUUAACAACUCACGUGGUAAUUUUAAACUCUAGGGACUGCUCGAACAUUGCAAGUAUGGUCCAGAAAACUGUAACUGGUUUUGUUAAAGAUAGUGAAUGGGACGAGGGUUCUCAAUUGACAAAGUAUAAUUACACAUUUUCUUUAUUAGAAUCAUGGUAUAUGUCAAAAAUUCAAUUAAAACAGUUGCCAAAGAAAUGUAAAUCACCAAGAAAAAAGAAAAAAUUGGAAGAGUCUAUGGUUAAUCCGCCACUUGUAAUUGUCUUAGACAAAUUUGAAACUUUUAAUCCCGAUAUCUUAGAAAAUUUUAUCCUCGUUUGCAAUUCUUACAUCGACAAAAUUCCCCUGGUUUUAAUUUUUGGAGUUGCAACUGCCAUGACUACGGUUCACACUUCUUUAACUCAGAAAGCCUCCUCUUGUUUAGCAAUAGAAUCGUUUUAUUCGCUCUCACCUGUCGAUUACCUGUCACAAGUUCUACAGAUUAUCAUGAACCCCUCUUUGCCGUUCAAAAUGGGACCGAAUGUAUUUAGAUUAGUAGUCGAUUAUGUCCUCUUCUAUGAUUUUUCUGUUACGAAUCUGAAGCGUCUUCUAAAGUUUUGUCUCUUUGAACAUUUCUUUGAAAAUAAUGCUUCUAUACUCUGCUGUAAUGAAAAUACAAUAGCUGAUAAUGUGAGAAAAUUGUCAAAAACAGAGCUAGAUGACAUCACAGCAUUACAUUCUAUCAAAAGUCAUCUAGGUGGUUCGAAACCAAACAACAGGAGAACUCCAAUAAAACAAAAUAUUCAGAAAAUUAUUAUAGAUUCUUUACAAAACAUCCAUACAAAUGCAUCCGAGAUCGAUUGUUUAAUGCCAUGUUUGCACGGGUUAGUGAAAGAUAUACCAGGACAACCUUUCGGUAAACAAAUUCGAGAACUUUAUCAAUUAAUUCUCGAAAGAGAUGUAUCAACUACCGAAGAAUUUGAAAAAUCUUUUAAAUUAUUUGGCAUGAUGUCGACGGAAGACAUGGUUAGAAAUUUGGAAAAUUUUAUAUGUAUUCUGAAUGAACAGUACAAUGGACGAAAGGUAGAAUCAUUGGUAAGGAUUGGAACAGAUAUUAAGGAUUAUCUUGAAAAAUUGAAAAAAUUGCCCGAGAACUUGCCUAUUAAUGUUGAGGAAAAAGCAAAAUCAAUUAUGUUAAAUUGGGGUAAAAUGACCAGUAGAUCACAAUUGAAAGAGAAACUUAAAGAUCUGGUUGAACAUAAGAAGGAGACACCUCAAGAAGUAUGGUGUAAUGAUUUAAUUAGUUAUUUGAAAAGUGUUUUUGGCAAGCUUACGAGCCCUUCUAAUCUACCACUUCACGAAGUGUUUUAUUUUGAUGAUGUCGCAGCUGUGGAGAGGCAUAUGUUGCCUUCGCCGAGAGCUUCACUACAAAGUGCUUUACGAGAUCCACAUAAUUAUCUUCAGUGUUCUUGUUGCAAGUUAAAAGAUUUGGAUGAGAUACCAUCAUCGUUACCAGAUAUAUGUAUUGCAUAUAAACUCCACUUAGAAUGUGGUCGAUUGAUUAAUCUUUACGACUGGUUUCAGUCAUUUUGUAUGAUAUUACAAAAGAAAAAACAGAAAAAAGCUAAAAAUGGAAAGAAGGAGGAUUCUGUUUUAUUUGCAAGAUUUAUGAAUUGUGUAACUGAAUUACGGAUGUUAGGAUUUAUUAAACCCACACAAAGAAAAACGGAUCAUAUGAUGAGAUUAACUUGGGGAUUUUAAUAUUUUAUAUUUUAAAACUUUUUAUAAAUUUUUAAGAUUUUAUAAGCGAUAAAAUUGUAAAUAGAAAUAAAUUUUAUAUGUAUACAUGUUUUUAAAAGUGUGUCAAUGGUGUAAAACUUUGAUUGAAUUAAAUAACAAGCAUUUCUAAUUCUUA